AUGGUAACACUCAUGUUUGAAAACAAUCUGAAGUUUCUGAGGAAGAAGCAACCUGAAGGGUUUGAGUCACGAGUAUCCCAGGCAGGACUUGGUUCACGUUUUCUCAGUCCUACGGCAGAGUUGCGAGCAGCUGUUUUUUUGGCACUAGAAGAACAAGAGAAAGUAGAGAACAAAGCACCUCUUGUAAAUGAAAGCUUGAAAAGUUUUUUAGGUACGAAAGAUGGUCGCUUGGUAGCAGGUCUUGUUGCAGAAUUUCUACGCUUUUUCAAUCUCGAUUUUACAUUGGCUGUUUUUCAGCCUGAAUCAAGCACACUAAAUGGCCUUGAUGAUCGAGAAAACUUAGCUCAAGAUUUGGGAAUUGGAGAGCCAGAAGGUACUGUGAGUGGUCCCCUGUUGUUGGAGGUUGUUAGAAAAUGUCAGCGGAAAAAGAUUUCAGGCAGUGGAGAAGGUCCAGUUCUAAGUGACAGCCUGUGCCCCAAAUCGAAAUCAUCUGGUGGAAGAUCAAGUACACAACCUAUACCAAAUAAGGCGACUGAAACCACUCAAAGUGAUACAAGUAUCUCAUCAGGGGAAACAAGCAAAAGAAGUAUUCAUUUUCUGCCUAAUGAAACAAAACUAGAUCCUCAACUAGAAAACAAAGACUUAAAUACCAAAGAAAAAAGUGAUCCAGAUGUGGAUGAAGAUGAUGUAGAGGGAGAUUCUUUUUUCGAUGAUCCUAUACCCAAGCCAGAAAGAACUUAUGGCUGGAAAAUGGAAGCUAAUAAGACAGGAGGUCUAGCAUCCCUUUCUGAUGCACCACCUCUUAAAAGCGGGUUAAGCUCCCUGACUGGUGCACCUUCACUAAAGGAGUCUGAAAAUUUGAAUAGAAGCUCUGUUUUGAAAGACCUGCGGUUGGUGAAUGCAAAACUGGGAUCGCUAGAAUUAGGAAAUGGAGAUGAUGAUGAGUAUGCUGAUGACUUCAACAGUGCUAGUCAUCGCUCAGAAAAAAGUGAUAUCAGUAUUGGUGAAGAAAUAGAUGAAAUUUCUGUAGAAACAGAAGCGUCGAAUGCCAGUGAUAAACUUGAAGGCAUCACGCAAGACCUUACCGUUUCCCAGCUAAGUGAUGUUGCAGAUUAUCUGGAAGAUAUGGCAUAG